AUGGUACAACGUCCUGCAGAUCGUGUGGAGGAUGUCUUUCAAACACAUCGUGCUUCGCGGGCCUCACGCCUGCUGCUUGACUCGGCAACAGCCUUUGGAGGGAAAGUGGCUGGAAGUGGGUUUGCUUCCGUGGAAACGAUACAGCUUCCGGAGAGAAUUCACUGGAGAAAGCUUGUGCGGUUUUUCCCACGUGUCGUGACAGGUGUAUCGCGCGCACGUGUGCUUUGGAUGGCUCGGGUGAUUUCCCCGCUUCUGCUGCUGAGAGAGCUGUGGGGGCUCACGCAGCGCACGGCGAGGAUGCUAGCUGUAUUUAUCUUUACGGAUACAUCUGCCGCCGCUGCCGCUGUUGCUCUCGUGAGAUACACCAAUAAUUGGUCAUCACCGUAG